AUGAUGGGUGCAGCUAGAUCGUGCCAAUGGUUGCUCGUGGGAAUAGUCCUCGUCGUCACCUCGAAUCGUGCCAGCAGUGAAACGGAGAUCUCGGGAUCGAGCCUCAGCAAGUCAAAGACGAGCUUCGGUUCCGGUUACGUCGAGCUACGGGAUCACGAUGGCAAUCGCACCGAUUUCACGCUCAAUUCGCCUCGCAGACGUCGAUACGUCCGAUUCCCGAGUGGUCCAGCCGGCUACCUCUUCGAGGGUGGUGGUCCUCUAAUAGGGAGGAACAUCGGUGGACAUCCUGGGGUUCGUUUCCCAUCGUGGAGGCAGCAAAAGUCGCUCUGGAGGAGUCCGAUCUCGGAGUACAGUAGGCCGGUGAUGGGUCAUCGAACUCCGCGGCUCAUCUUCCGUGAAGACUUCCCGACCCCGGUGGGUGGCAGUGCACCUUCGUUCUUCCAGCAGUCCAACCACUUGCCGGAUUUCGAGGAUGAGAACAGAGAUCAUCGAAAGCAAACCCUCGACGAUUACCCUAGGUUAGAGUCAGAGCCGCGACAGCAAAACAGACCGCUGUGGAAGGGUGACGAUACGUUGUGCGCUGACGGACGAAGCUGCGAAUUUUUUCUAAUGUGCUGGAUGUCCGCUGGCCUAUUGGACGGCAGUUGCGGCGGUAUCAUGUUCGCUUGUUGUCAGCGGAAAGAACCGAAAGGUAGCUCUGAUUAUAACCUGAUUGAGGCACCUAGAGAUCAGUCUCAGCCGCUUCCGUUGGAUACUUACACGGAGACCGCCACUGAUGAUCGCUGCGGGAUUCCCGCCUCGAAGCAAACCGCGCAGAGGAGAAUCGUCGGUGGUGACGAGGCAGGCUUCGGCAGUUUCCCUUGGCAGGCGUACAUAAGAAUCGGGUCCAGUCGAUGUGGCGGCACUCUGGUUAACCGAUUCCACGUCGUCACUGCUGGCCACUGUGUAGCCAAGGCAUCGGCUCGUCAGGUCCAAGUCACCCUCGGUGACUACGUGGUCAAUUCGGCUAGCGAGACUCUACCAGCUUACACGUUCGGUGUCAGAGAGAUUCGGGUUCAUCCGUAUUUCAAGUUCACGCCGCAGGCUGACAGGUUCGACGUAGCUGUCCUUCGAUUGGAUCGACCGGUUCACUACAUGCCUCACAUCGCACCGAUCUGUUUGCCCGAGAAGAACGAGGACUUCCUGGGACAGUACGGAUGGGCCGCUGGCUGGGGUGCUUUGCAGGCUGGUUCGAGGCUACGCCCGAAGACUCUUCAAGCGGUCGACGUACCUGUGAUAGACAAUCGCGUGUGCGAGAGAUGGCAUCGAUCCAAUGGCAUCAACGUUGUGAUCUACGACGAGAUGAUGUGCGCCGGGUAUCGCGGAGGUGGCAAGGAUUCCUGUCAAGGUGACAGCGGUGGACCAUUGAUGAUGGAGAAGACGGGACGAUGGUACCUUAUAGGUAUCGUUUCAGCGGGUUACUCGUGUGCUCAGCCAGGUCAGCCAGGGAUCUACCAUCGCGUGGCUAAAACCGUUGACUGGAUAACCUACGUUAUCAACUCGUAG